AUGGUUCAACUAUAUUACCACGAUAAUCAAGAUACUGAAGAAAAUUUUACUGACGAUCACAACUCAGGUGUUCCCGUAUCAGUUGAAGAGUUGGCAGAAUUAGGGGUCAUUUACAGGCAUGUAACAAGUCAGGAAGAACUUGAUGCAUUGGCCACAGAACGAGAAUAUAAAAAUAGGGACAAGGUUCAUUUAAAUUUGGAAACUUUCAAGAAUGAUGUCGAUGCUUAUAAUGCCAAAAUGAAGCAAUUUUAUACUGAACAUUAUCAUGAAGAUGAAGAAAUUAGAUAUAUUGUUGAUGGUGAAGGGUUUUUUGACGUGAGAAACAAAGGCGAUAAAUGGAUCAGAGCAAAGUUAUCAAAGAAUGAUUUAUUAAUUUUACCUGAAGGCAUUUACCAUCGGUUUACUUUGACUAAUGCUAGAGAAGUUACUGCCAUUCGUUUAUUUAAAGAUGAACCAAAGUGGGAAGCUAUCAAUAGAGUUCAUUGA